CCUUAAUACCACGGUACCCUUUACAUUGUCAGCAAACAGUGAUGUACGGUUCGUCUUUCGUUCGGAUGAAUCAAAGACCAGCUCCGGAUUCAGAGCAGAAUAUCGUGUGUCCAUACCACAAGCUAUAACUACGCCUACUGAUACACCUACAAUGUCCACCGAUUCAACAACAAUGGCGUCUACAUCAUCUUGGUCUGCAUCGAGCGUAACUGUCACAACACCAUUAACGGCUUCCUCAACGCCUAAACCAAAAUCAAGUGCCAUUGAGAUAAUUACGAAAACAUCAACACCACAACUAAGAUUUCAAGAUGAUUUCAAGUCUAAUGCAGAAUCCUUGAAAGAUUCAUCUUUCAGCAGUGGAAAGAAAGGAAUCGUUAUCAUCGUGAUACCUGCAGUUUGUUUGCUGAUUGGAGUUGUUCUUCUCAUCAUAAUCAUAUAUCAGUGCAGGAUCAGAAGAACAAGAAGAACAAGAAGCCGUGCCAAUAACUCAAUGCGAGAUACUGAAGCAGCCGAUCGUUCAGUAAUGAAUUCAAAAUACGAAAGAGAAACCGUCUUACUAAAUGCACCUAAUGAAGCUGCAACAACACUAAACAUAGGUGACGCCUCUCGCAUGCACCAGGCCUUGUCACGUGACACACCGAAAUAUGAAGAUAUUGAAUGCGAGAAAUUGAACAAAGCGAUUGCAAAUCGAAAUUCGAAAAACUCAGAAGCCAAGAAAUCAGGGUCUGUUGAAGAAGGACCUGAUACUAAUAAUGGAAUGCCUGAAGACCAACCAACUUCAGAAUCGAGGGAAUCAGAGUCUGUUAAAGAUAGUGGCCCUAAUCCUCUGUACCAUGUGUUAGAAGGACCUGGCCCUAAUAAUGUAGGCCUGGCAGAAUUCGAAGAUCCAACCUACGAGGAUGUCGAUUGAACUUCUGUACAUAAAAGCCUUAUUUCACAUUAGAUCUCUUUGAUCCAAGCCUUGGUAUGCAUGUUGCAUUGUAACUGUACUAAUCAAAGUUUUCACAUUUAAGAAGUGAUACGGGUGAUACAUUUAAGAAGUUAUAAGUUAGAAACCUGUUAGAUAAUUUGCUGCUAUCAAAGUUAUUAAUUGGCCUUAUUAGCCGUGUUAAUUCAGGGUUGAUUUCUAAGAGAAAAGGUGAUACAGGACCAACAGUAAUCUGACUUAGAACAACUUUAACCCUGGCGUUUCACAAGGAAACAUCCUGGUUCCACCAGGAAAGUUAUGCAAAGCCUACAAGAACAUCUGAUUAUGAAAAUGACCAAUUACUUUCUCCGCUCUCUAUUUUAAAAGCAUCAACUAUUGACAUCUUGAUGCUAAAAUAUAAAAGGAUAGCAUAACUCUAAACCUACGUUGAAAGACAUUUAUGAAUCAAACUGAAUAAAAGAAUGCAUUUUAAGGAA